AUGUAGUGUAGCAGUCUGUACAGUAGCAUCAGCCUGGAUACUGAAUCAAUGCUGGACAUGUAGCACUUUAUUAUCACCUAACUCUGGAAGAACAACAUCACUAAAGGCAAACAUGGAGGAGAACGUGGAUGUCAAGGCUCUGAGGGCCAGGUUCAACAGCAAGGCCAACACUUCAGACAGCAGCAGCCGAGACAGCGGCUCCCCAAAAUCUCCACGACCUGGGUUUGGGAGAGCAAUCCUCCCAGCACUAGAGAACAAUCUGGCCCAUCAAAGACUGUCUCCCACAGUUCCUCCCCCAUUUGCUGGCCCAGGCCUGGUGAGGCUCCCGAGGGCAGAGCCGAUGAUGGCAGCCUCCAUCCCCUCCAGACCUGGUCCCUUCCAUCGGCCGCCUCCCAAUCCAGGCAUCAGACCAUCCUUCCAGCCGGCAGACUCCAACAAGGUCAAGCAGACGGGGGAGAUGCUGCAGAACAUGAUGCUGAGGCACCAGAAGCCUGCGGUUAUCAAGCCAGCUCCACCUGUAGCUCCAGCUCAGGGUCAUGCACCAGCUCAUGCCUCCACUCCUGCCCCACUCCGACUACAGUCCAGACAGAGGAGUGCAGGGGAAGUGACCCCGCUGAGGAAACCCCUUCCCCCUGAAGGACCCCUACCCUUAAAACCGAAACGACCUCCACACGUCAAUCUGGAACCCUUCCUGAGGGUUACCCGGGGAGCACCAGCACCGACAUUGCCUGCUCCAAGGAGGAGUGAUGCAGGCUCCCAAGGCUCAGCAGGCAGAAAAAUGUCUUUACCUGCAGCAAUCAGUCCUCCCAAACCUCCACAACGAUCCAACAAACCCCGCGGGCUACCGCACCAGAUUGCCUCUGUGGACAUUGCGGACACUCAGGACACCUAUGAUGACAUUGCAAGCUUUGACAAGACCGACUCCUGGAGUGACAACAGUUCUCAAUGUGUGGAGGAGGAUGCUGAUGACGUUUAUGAGUUCAUUGAUGAAGACCAAAUAGAAGUGAACCGGUCUAACGCUGAAAAGCAAAACAAAAAAGAGGCAAAGAAGCUACAGGAGCAGCAGAAGAAAGAGCAGAUGGAGCGCCAGAAAAGAGAAAACCAGUUGAAGAAAAACUUUCAGUUACAAGGGGAGGUGGAAGUUAUCAAUACAGCCAGAGUCCGGCAAGACUGGAACGGAGGAGGAAAAUUGGACCUCAGCGUGCGACAAGGCGAGAGCGUGGAGAUCAUCCGAGUGAAAAAUAACCCAGGAGGCAAAUGGCUGGUUCGCUCUAUGAACGGAAACUACGGAUACAUCAGUAACCAGUGUGUGGACAUUGACUAUGAGGCAGUCAAGCGCAAAGCACUCCAGUCCAGAAAAACAGAUAUAUCAUUACCUCCAGCACCUCCAGACCCUCCGCACAUGUUAAAUUUGGAGUCCAAUAACAGAGACAGCAUGGUUGAAGAUGAUGAUGACUACGAUGACGUUCAACCAAUACCUGAGGAUUUUCCCCCACCACCGCUUGAAGUCAGCAUUGAUCCCAAAGUGGAAAAGGAGCUAAGAAAAAAAUUCAAGUUUGAUGGGCCAUUCAAGGUGCUGCACACCGUGAUGGUGGAUCCGAACAGCGUCAUAAAGAAACCAGGAGCGAAGGAUCUGUCUGUGGUUCAGGGAGAAGUCUUGGACGUCAUCCAGCUCACCAACAGCAAGAAAGUUCUGUGUCGCAACCGGUUUGGAAAAUAUGGUUAUGUGUCCAGAUCUUUUCUUCUUCCAAUGGAAGGAGACAUUUACGACGAUGUUGACUGUGCAAACGACAUCUACGACAACGACGAUUUUUAAAACAUCAAACUAAGCACAAACAAACUCAAACAAUUAGAAAGAGAAAGAAAGAUGGAAACUAGAGCUAUAACAAACUAUAACUGUAUAAAACUAGAAAAUAGAAGACACAUUUUGCUUUAUUUGAUUGCACCAUUUGUGUUCAGUUGCACAGGAUUGACAGUCUGCUGCCUGUUACACCUGAGACAGAACAGAAGGGCUGGCUGGCUCACAAACAAACAAACUUAUUCUUAUAUCAGACUAAACCUACUUAACAAACUAUACAAAACUAACAAUAACAGAAAACAAAGUGAGAACAGAGAUCAGUCUGUGAGAUCAGUCACACACACACUUUUCUUAUGCUGAGAAUAACAGACAUGUCACCAUUACGUUUUUGUCAAACUGCUUGUAUAAAAGAUGAAUACACUAUUUCUGUAGCUUUGUGUAUUGCUUGACUUCUUAGAUAA